AUGACGUUCCGGCGCGCGGCCAUUGGCUGCGCCGUGCCGAGUUCUCCAUUUAUGGACACGGCGCCCGCGCGGCCAGGAAGGGGCAAGCCGCCCGCGCCGCUCGGCCCUGCCCCGUCUGCCGCGAGCCCCGGCGCUCCCCGCCCCACCCGUCCGCACCGCCCCGCGCGCGGGGGGCGGGCCCGCCGCCGGCCUCGUCCGUCCCGGGGCGCCGGCGCGUCUGAGCGGAGCCGUGGGCAGCGCAGCGCGGGAGCCGCGAUGGGAAGCAAAGGGCACUACAGAUAUCACUGGCAGAGCCACAAUGUCAAGCACAGCGGAGUGGACGAUAUGGUCCUUCUUUCCAAAAUCACAGAAGAUUCCAUAGUGGAGAACCUAAAGAAGCGAUACAUGGAUGAUUAUAUUUUUACAUAUAUUGGCUCUGUGUUAAUCUCUGUGAAUCCUUUCAAGCAAAUGCCGUAUUUCGGGGAAAAGGAAAUUGAAAUGUACCAGGGAGCCGCACAAUAUGAAAACCCACCACAUAUUUAUGCUCUUGCAGACAGUAUGUACAGAAACAUGAUCAUUGACAGAGAAAAUCAAUGUGUCAUUAUUAGUGGGGAAAGUGGUGCUGGGAAGACUGUGGCUGCUAAGUAUAUCAUGAGUUACAUCUCCAAAAUUUCAGGAGGUGGCCCUAAAGUACAGCAUGUGAAAGAUAUAAUUCUGCAGUCCAACCCUUUACUGGAGGCCUUUGGGAAUGCAAAAACUGUGCGGAACAACAACUCGAGCAGAUUUGGGAAAUAUUUUGAAAUCCAGUUUAGCCCAGGUGGAGAGCCAGAUGGAGGGAAAAUCUCCAACUUCCUACUGGAAAAAUCUCGAGUUGUAAUGAGGAAUCCUGGAGAGAGGAGUUUUCACAUUUUUUACCAGUUAAUUGAAGGGGCUUCUUCUGAACAAAAAAGCAGUCUUGGCAUUACCAGUAUGGAUUAUUAUUACUAUCUCAGUCUCUCUGGGUCUUACAAAGUAGAUGACAUCAAUGACAAAUCUGAUUUCCAAGAAACACUGCAUGCAAUGAGUGUGAUUGGGAUCUUUGCAGAGGAACAGACGUUGGUGCUACAGAUCGUGGCUGGAAUAUUGCACUUGGGAAACAUUAGCUUCAAAGAAGUUGGCAACUAUGCAGCAGUGGAGAGUGAGGAGUUUUUGGCUUUCCCUGCUUUCCUCCUGGGAAUUAACCAGGACCGCCUAAAGGAAAAACUGACCAGCAGACAGAUGGACAGCAAGUGGGGAGGCAAAUCCGAGUCCAUUAAUGUAACACUAAACGUGGAACAGGCUUGCUACACUAGGGAUGCACUGGCCAAGGCCCUUCAUGCCCGCGUUUUUGAUUACUUGGUGGAUUCCAUUAAUAAAGCUAUGGAGAAAGACCAUGAGGAAUACAACAUUGGUGUCCUUGAUAUUUAUGGUUUUGAAAUAUUCCAGAAAAAUGGAUUUGAACAGUUCUGCAUCAACUUUGUUAAUGAAAAGCUGCAGCAGAUUUUUAUUGAACUGACACUGAAGGCGGAACAGGAAGAAUACGUGCAAGAAGGAAUUAGAUGGACUCCAAUAGAUUACUUUAACAACAAAAUAGUGUGUGACCUCAUAGAGAACAAAGUGAAUCCCCCAGGAAUUAUGAGCAUUUUAGAUGAUGUAUGUGCCACAAUGCAUGCGGUGGGGGAAGGAGCUGACCAAACACUGCUUCAAAAACUCCAGAUGCAGAUUGGAACUCAUGAACAUUUCAAUAGCUGGAACCAAGGAUUUAUCAUUCAUCAUUAUGCUGGAAAGGUCUCUUAUGAUAUGGAUGGAUUCUGCGAGAGAAAUCGGGAUGUUCUUUUCACGGACUUGAUUGAACUCAUGCAGAGCAGUGAUUUGCCUUUUAUAAAGGCUCUGUUUCCUGAAAAUCUUCAGGUAGACAAAAAGGGUCGUCCUACCACUGCGGGCAGUAAAAUCAAGAAACAAGCCAACGAUCUUGUUAGCACCCUCAUGAAGUGCACACCCCACUACAUCCGCUGCAUCAAACCCAAUGAAACAAAGAAACCUCGAGACUGGGAGGAGAGCAGGGUAAAACAUCAAGUAGAAUACUUAGGUCUGAAAGAAAAUAUUCGAGUAAGAAGGGCUGGCUAUGCCUACAGGCGGGUUUUCAAGAAGUUUUUGCAGAGGUAUGCCAUUCUGACCAAAGCAACUUGGCCUUCCUGGAAAGGAGAUGAGAAGCAAGGAGUUCUCCACCUACUUCAAUCAGUCAACAUGGAUCCUGAUCAAUACCAACUUGGGAAAUCCAAAGUCUUCAUCAAAGCUCCAGAGUCUCUUUUUUUGUUAGAAGAGAUGAGGGAGAGAAAGUAUGAUGGAUAUGCCAGGGCGAUCCAGAAGGCAUGGAGGAAAUAUGCAGCCAGGAAAAAAUACGUACAAAUGAGAGAAGAAGCAUCAGAUCUGCUGCUGAACAAGAAAGAGAGAAGGCGGAACAGCAUUAACAGGAAUUUUGUGGGAGAUUACAUAGGCAUGGAGGACCACCCAGAGCUACGCCAGUUUGUGGGCAAACGGGAGAAGAUUGAUUUUGCAGACACUGUGACUAAAUAUGAUAGGCGGUUUAAGAGUGUGAAGAGAGAUCUUGUCCUCACUCCAAAAUGUAUAUACCUUAUUGGGCGUGAAAAAGUAAAGCAGGGCCCAGAGAAAGGCCAAGUGAAGGAAGUCUUAAAGAGAAGGAUGGAGGUGGAGAGAAUUCUUUCUGUUUCUCUGAGCACGAUGCAGGAUGACAUUUUCAUUCUACAUGAACAGGAAUAUGAUAGCUUGCUUGAAUCAGUCUUCAAAACUGAGUUUUUAAGCCUCUUAUCAAAACGAUAUGAAGAGAAAACACAAGGAAAACUACCUCUGAAAUUCAGCAAUACGCUAGAAGUGAAGCUGAAAAAGGAGAGCUGGGGGCCAUGGAGCAGUGGUGGUUCUCGACAAGUGCAGUUUAUUCAAGGCCAAGGUGAUAUAGCCAUUCUCAAACCAAGCAAUAAAGUGCUGCAGAUCAGCAUUGGACCAGGGCUACCAAAGAAUUCCCGUCCUACUAGACGUAACCUUUCCCAAAGCAGAGGGUAUUCUAGCAGGUCUCAAGCUCAGUCUUACCCUAUGAGAGCUGCACCUCCUCCUCCUGAUCAUCAGCAAAACGGAGUAACAAAUGCUCCACUACGUCCUCAAAUCCCCGGAAAUCAGCAGGCCAGUCAAAGGACCCUGUAUACCAGCAUGACACGACCAACUUUACCACGGCAGCUAUCAGGAGGAUCAGGCAAGAUCUCACAGCAACCGGAAAGCCUGGAUUUUCUUAAAGUACCUGACCAAGGAGCAGCUGGUGUUCGCAGGCAGUCAACAAACCGGCCCCCACCAGCUGGAGGAAGGCCUAAACCACAGCCAAAACCUAAACCUCAGGUACCACAGUGCAAGGCACUGUACGCAUAUGAUGCUCAGGACACAGAUGAACUUAGCUUUAAUGCCAACGAUGUGAUUGACAUCAUCAAAGAAGAUCCUUCUGGUUGGUGGACAGGAAGACUACGAGGGAAACAAGGUCUUUUCCCCAACAAUUAUGUCACCAAGAUAUAAAAGACUUUCAGAAAAAAGAAAAAAUGGCAUGAGGUUACCAGUGUUGAGGAUAUUUCCCCUUGCCUUCAGGACACUGAUCUCCCAAGAUCUGCCAUUCUCAGCAGUACCUUUCACCAGUAAAGUUGCAUACAAGAAAGAAGAAUAUUAUUCACAGCAGACUUAGAUCCUCUGUCUCAGAACCAUACAGCAAUGGACGUACUGACAAAUUAUUUAUUCUAUUUAAAACCUGGUUUUCACACUUCACAAGUGAAGAAUACCCAAACCUACCAUCAUCCUGGAACAGAAAGGUGCUUUAUAAUCUGGGACCACACUUGGAAAUGGGAAUAUUAAGUGCCUCUAGCUGAUAGUAGUCUUUUUAAUUGUCUAACAAAGAUCAUGUUAAAAGCACGUUUUUUCUAAUGCACAUGAUGCUGGGGAACAUAUUAAGUAUGCUGCUACGUGUUCAAAAGAUUUAGGGUGAUUUGGGGUAUUCACCAUCUAAAAACCUAACAUGAUGGAGUGUAUUUAAGUAAUUUUCUAGAGGUGUAAUGGAACUGGGUGCACUUGUGUCUAGGGUCUCCAGCAGGCACUACAAGAAGUUUAAACAGAAAAAUGCAUAGUAAUGCUAAACAACGUUGCCUUCAAGACUUAUAUUAGAAUAUGGCUGGCCCAUGUUGGAUUUAUGUUUGAUGCUCCACCUGUUAUGUUUAUGCAAAGCUGUACAUUUAUGGAAACAAAUCCUAUACUGUAUAUAAAAACUGAAUAUAUUAGAAACAUGUAUGAAUGUAUAAUGCUGUAUUCCACUGUUCUUACUCAUAGAAGUUCUACUAUGGUUUUUAUGCCAGGUACUUACUGAUAAUCCUCCUGAUUUCUAAAAGCAGAAAUGUUACUGUUUAAGUUUGAUUGCCUCCCACACCAUUUAGAAUUGCUGCUGUCUGCCAUAGUUACAAGCAUUCAUUGCUUUGCCUUUCAAACCUCCAUGAAACAAAACAAGCAGGUAGCUUAACAAGUCUGUUCACUGUGCACUUUGCUUUCAGAUAUUAUACAUGCUAACAUGUCUUAACCACCACCUGUUUGAUUUUACUGUCAUGAUUUUAAAUAAAAAAUAGCCCUUCCUGUGCUCUAA